AUGGUUUCCAUUUUACUCUUUAUCUUAGAGACAUUAAUCACUACUGUUACCGCUCAGCAACUAUGCGUACCGUAUACAUCUUCAUUUACUUUUACAUCUGGGUAUCCAGCAAUUUGGACAACGCCUACAAGUGAUGUUUUUAAUACACAAGAGUUUCAGCAGGUUAACAGUUCCAUUGAUUGGUCAAAAGUGCCUAAUAUUAAACCUCAUACCUUGGUCAAUGGGGUUGUAGAUAAGACCGGUUAUUCUGCUAGUGACCCAGAUUGUUGGUGGUCAUAUAAUCAGUGCACAUCACCCAAAGCACCAGGGCUGCAACCCGAUGUCGUCCUUUGUCCUGAGCCUGGUACUUUGGGCUUAACAUACGAUGAUGGUCCAAACUGCUCUCACACUGUGUUUUACGACUUUCUUAAGGAAAAAAAUCAGAAAGCGACUAUGUUUUUUAUUGGAUCAAAUGUUGCUGCAUUUCCCUACGAAGCUAAGCGUGCUCUCACGGAUGGUCAUCAAGUUUGUGUUCAUACGUGGUCUCAUCAACCUAUGACUACACUUACCAACGAUGAAGCGCUUGCAGAAUUGUACUACUCUAGGAAGACUAUUAAAUAUGUUAUGGGCGUAACGCCUCUUUACUGGCGUCCUCCUUUUGGUGACGUUGAUGAUCGAAUUCGUGCGAUUGCUCAACAACUCAAUUUGGCAACUAUUAUCUGGAAUCUUGAUUCUAAUGAUUGGAAUAUGGUACCUGCAGGCAUCGAACAGCCGGCACAAAUUGAUGAUAUUUUCCAAGGCCUUGUCGAUCUGGGUAAAAAUGGAACUUUCGCUAAUUCUGGCGCAAUUGUUCUGCAGCAUGAACUAAACAAUGGCACUAUGUCCAAGGCUAUUGAAUGGUAUCCAAAGAUCAAAAGUGCCUAUAAACAUGUUGUUCCCAUCGCCUCAUGUAUGAAUGUUACUCGGCCAUAUGCUGAAUCAAACUACACCUACCCAUCAUUUGCUGAAUACAUUAGCAAAAAUUCAUCAUCCACCUUAAAAGCAAGUUAUAUCAGCUUAAUUUUCGGGGUGAUCGCCAUAUUCAUAGCACAGUUAUUUAGUAUUUCAAUCUUUUAG